GGCAUCGGAUGAUUUUUAAUCAAAACCCACUAAUUUUCUAAACCGCUUACUUUGUUAUCUUUAUUUUACACUGUUUACCACGUACUUUUCUGUUGUAAAUACUCCUUGAUUAACCUGAGCGCAGCAAUAAUGUAUUAUUUAAAUAAGAGUGUGAAAAAUUUAAUAAGAAAAGGAUUAUAUAUUAAAUUUAAUAGGUGUUUCAGUACAGAAUUAAAAACGGAAAUCAAAGGUCAAACAAUAAAUUACGUGAAAGUUGGAAAUGGCUCCAAACCGAUUCUGUGUUUUCCUGGGGCUCUCGGUACCAUUUGGAGCGACUUUAAACCACAAAUCGAGGAAUUAGAUAAGGAUAAAUUUACGGUCAUAGCUUGGGAUCCGCCGGGGUACGGUUCCAGUAGGCCGCCAAACAGAUUAUUUAAUUCAAAGUUUUACGACAAUGAUGCUGAUAUGGCUUUUCAUUUUAUGAAGAAUUUAGGCAUCUCCAAAUUUUCUUUAUUAGGUUGGAGUGACGGUGGCAUAUCUAGCUUAAUAUUGGCUGCAAAAUAUCCUGAUAAUGUUGAUAAGCUAGUUGUAUGGGGUGCCAACGCGUACGUUAUUGCUGAAGACAUUGAGGCUUUUGAAAAAAUUCGCGAUAUAAAGAAAUGGUCCGAAAAAAUGAAAAAUCCUUUGAUAAAGCUCUAUACUGAAGAUGGACUGCAAAAAUUGUGGAAUGAUUGGUGUGACGCCAUGCAAGAUAUCUACAAAAAUGGGGGAGAUAUAUGUAAAAGUCGCUUAAAAGACGUCAAAGCACCUACUUUGAUACUUCAUGGAAAUAAAGAUCCUGUUGUGCUUACAGAACAUCCUCAAUUCCUAUUAAAUCAUAUUAAAGACGCAAAGCUACAUACAUAUCCUGAGGGAAAACACAAUAUUCAUCUAAAAUAUGCUGAAGAUUUUAACAAAAUUGUAUCAGAAUUUAUUUUAUCUUAGUAUGUAAGAGUGGAAUUACAACAUAUAUUUUAUAUUUUCCUUUUAUUAGAUAUAAAAGCAAUAUUACUUUGGUACAUCAUAUUGACAUAAUAUAUUAACUGAAUAUUUUAAAA